AUGGCUCUUCUCUUACUCUCGGUUCUGCAGUUCUCUUUGGAUAACUUUUUGACCACCGUGAUCAAAAAGGAAACCAACAUCCCAGCGAAGAUAGUUAUACCUCACUUCUUCAUACUCAAAGCUGUAAAGAGAGAAUAA